AAAAUUUAACGGUUGAAUCUGGGUUGAACUUGAAAAAAAAAGAAUUGUUUGUUUGUUGAUUGUUUUAUAGGUACAGUAAAGAACAAAUUUUAUUUCUUUAGUAUUAUAGUUAAAAAUAAUUAUACUGUUUAAAUAAUGACAAUCACGAAACAGUUAAAAAUCACUAAACUUUUUCGUAAAGGGACCCAAGAACCAGAGGACUGUGAAGAAAUAGAGGAGGAAAUUAAACAACUGGAACAAACGUUGAAACAGAAGCAAAAUGAACUUUUUGAAUUACAGCGAAACAUUUACAAACGCUCGUCUUCGUCGAAAUGUUCGUCUUCAAAAAUUAAAACUGAUAAAUUUGUGAGACCACAGGUAAAAAUUAAUGUUAAAUGUAAAAUAGUAAAAUACUUUGUUGAAUAUUUAAUGUAACACCAUCCAAACAUCUUAUGUUACAGACAAUAUAUCUUAAUAAAGUAGUGGAUACAUUGAAAGGGAACAUUGAGCUCAUGUAUAUGUUAUCUGGUAUGGAAGUGCAGUCAUAUGUUGCCAAUGACCAUUGCUGUAUUGUUUUUCACAUGCAGCAUGAUACAGAAAACAUAUUGAAACAUGGCCUCAGAAUAGAUAUGAAGUCUGGUUCAAAUGACAUUGCCAAGUCUUCGUUACCAAUGGGUUUCAAUUUAAGCGCUGUACUUGAAGAUUUCAAUAAUAUAAUGAUGCCAGAUUGUCUGAGUGCUAUACGAAAGGCAUUAGUUGCUUACUACUGUAGAUUGGAACAAUAUGAAGCAUUGAAGAAAGUUGUAGUUGGAGAAGCGCAACUUUUCAAGAUUAUUGAUGGGUCCCAUAUAGAAAUAACCUUUCUUGCACAAAGUGACAUGGAGGAAGAAGAUGAACAAAUCAGUGUCAUAUUAAUGUUGGAUUACAGGGUGUAUGAUAUAAGACCAAAGACAUUUUCAUUCAAAGAAAUUGAUUUACCAGAAAAUGCUAUUGAAGCACUCAAAGCACAAUGUUCAGUUUUUAAGAAAAAACCUCUCCAUAAAGCUUUCAAAGAGGCCUUCAUGGAAGGCAAUGGUCAAUAUAGUCUAAGUUACCAGGUAAAUAGUAUUAAUUUGAUUUUUAGUCUUGGUGAAUGUAUAAAAGUGCAUGUUACUAUGCAUUAGUCCUUAUAUUUGUUAAUUAAUAAGUAGACUCUGG